CGCGAGAGAGCCAGCGGCAGGCGAGUGAGGGGCUGAGGCCGAGCGGCGUGUGGGAGUCGGUGUCUGUGGGAGUCGGGGCGAGGGCCAGGCAGCGCGACCGCGAGACUGUGAGGAAGGGGCGACGGCCGAGGACGCCUGGCCUGGCCGCGGCAGCGGCGGGCGGCGGAGGAGAAAGGAGGCGGCUUCGGCAUCACCCCUCCCCCUCCCCCUCCGCGCCUCAGCCGACCUCCACCCGGACCCCGGCGGCGAUUCCAGGGGCGGCCGUGCCAGCUCCGCUGGCCGGGGGUGAGGGCGGAGCCGGGGGCCAGGUAGAGUUUAUAUUCAAGAGGAAAUAAUCCAGAGAAAGAAGAACAAGUGGAUCAAGAUGUGUAGCUCUGUGGCUGCCAAAUUGUGGUUUUUGACAGAUCGUCGCAUCAGGGAAGAUUACCCCCAAAAAGAGAUCUUACGAGCUUUGAAGGCCAAAUGUUGUGAGGAGGAACUGGACUUUAGGGCUGUGGUGAUGGAUGAAGUGGUGCUGACAGUUGAACAAGGAAACCUGGGUCUGCGGAUCAAUGGAGAACUCAUCUCUGCCUACCCACAGGUGGUAGUAGUGAGAGUUCCCACCCCUUGGGUACAGAGCGAUAGUGACAUCACUGUUCUGCGUCAUUUGGAGAAGAUGGGCUGCAGAUUGAUGAACCGACCUCAAGCCAUCCUGAACUGUGUUAAUAAAUUCUGGACAUUUCAAGAGUUAGCUGGCCAUGGUGUGCCUCUGCCAGAUACUUUCUCUUAUGGUGGCCAUGAAAAUUUUGCUAAAAUGAUUGACGAAGCAGAAGUACUGGAAUUCCCAAUGGUGGUAAAGAAUACACGGGGUCAUAGAGGCAAAGCUGUUUUCUUGGCACGAGAUAAGCACCAUUUGGCUGAUCUAAGCCAUCUUAUUCGCCAUGAAGCUCCAUACCUGUUUCAGAAGUAUGUGAAGGAGUCUCAUGGACGAGAUGUGCGUGUCAUUGUCGUGGGAGGCCGUGUAGUUGGCACCAUGUUACGUUGUUCCACAGAUGGGAGGAUGCAAAGCAACUGCUCACUAGGUGGUGUGGGGAUGAUGUGCUCAUUGAGUGAGCAAGGGAAGCAGCUAGCUAUCCAGGUGUCCAAUAUCCUGGGAAUGGAUGUGUGUGGCAUUGACCUGUUGAUGAAAGAUGACGGCUCCUUCUGUGUCUGCGAGGCCAAUGCAAAUGUAGGUUUCAUCGCCUUUGAUAAGGCUUGUAAUCUAGAUGUAGCUGGUAUCAUAGCGGACUAUGCCGCCUCCCUUCUGCCCUCUGGCCGGCUCACCCGGCGUAUGUCCCUGCUCUCCGUGGUGUCCACAGCCAGUGAAACUAGUGAGCCGGAGUUGGGUCCCCCCGCCAUCACUGCUGUCGACAACAUGAGCGCAAGUUCCAGCUCAGUCGACAGCGACCCUGAAAGCACGGAGCGAGAGCUGCUCACCAAGCUCCCAGGGGGCCUGUUCAACAUGAACCAGCUGCUAGCCAAUGAAAUCAAACUCCUAGUGGAGUGACUCCGCCAAUCAAUAAUUAACCAACAAAAACCCUUGUAAAAUUUUCUUUUCAGUUCUUUUUUUCUUUUUCUUUUCUUUUCUUUUUUUUUUUUUUUAACCAACUUGCAAUGCUGUUCAUGGAAGGUGCUUGGGAGGAUGAUAGAAAAUCUGUAAGAUCAGUUGGAGGGAAGAGGAGGGAAAUAAAUGAGACCUGGUAGUACACAUACUGACUUUUCAUUUACAGAAGCUACAAAGAGGCAGAAGUGGUGAUAUAAAAAAACAGUCAGGCUCUCAUAGUUAUCUUUUAAAUUACUAUAAAAUUUGUAUGCUCUCAGGCCAUGCCAUGAGGAGCAUGAACAUUUUGUUCAUGUCCCUUGCUUUGUCUUUAUAUGAAACAAUGUUUUGGUACAAAUACCUGAUGUAUUGUGAAAUUUAUAAAGAGUGGGGGAAACAUCUACCUAAAUAAUAGAAAUUUUUAUGAACAAAUCUGAAAAUUCUGACAUCUCACUGUUAGCUAGCAGCUUUAGUUCAUAGUAGUUUGUGAAAUCUCAAGGGACUCUUAUUGGGAUUUCUCAUUUUCAUGUUUUUCUUUUAAUUUGGGUGGCACAACAAAGUGAAUAUAACCCAAUAAAAGCUUUUUAAUGACAAAAUGGGCAUGUUUGCAUGAUGAAAGGAAAUGAACAGUAUUGCAAUGUCUGGUAUACAAAAUAACAUUUACUCAAUGUAGAUAAAGUUACACUAGUUUAAAAUAUGUGGAUUGAUUGUAUUUGUUAGUGUUUUAGUCUUUUUUGAAAGAUAUAUGCUCUGUUAAUGUUGCAUUUUUUUUAAUACAUGCUAGUCUAACAUUCCCUGCUCUAUGCCUGCAUCUUUAACAAUGGCCAAAGUGAGAAAUAUGCUACCUUUUUGUUAACAAGACACUGACUUGAAACGUGUACAUUUGAAGCCUUUUCUUUUUUUCUUUUGGUGGUUGGACAUUUAAAGAAUAAGGUCAAGGAAAAAUAUUUUUAGGGGGCAGAUCAAGGGCCUAUAACUUCUGAAGCAUAAAACUGAAUUUGUUUUUAAUGCCAGCAUUAUGUAUUUGCAUUUUUCAUGUUUUACAAGGGAGUAUAUAUAUGUGUGUGUGUGUGUUUGUGUGUGUGUGUGUGUGUGUGUGUGUGUGUGUGUAUGCACGCAUGCAUGUAUAUGUGUUUUGCUUUUUGUUUAUACCAGCCAAACAAAAAAGAUAGAGUCUAGAGAAUAGAGCAUGAUAGGAAACAGUUUUUUAUUUUAAAAAGCAGAUGAGUUGUUUUCAUGACUUAGACUCCUCUGGGGUAGACAUAGUUAUCUGAAGAUAUAAGGAGAAUAGAUGUUUCUUAGGCUCUUUUGUAUAUAUGUAUGUUUGAUUUAUUUUUUGUUUGCUUUUAGACUGUUCAGUGUAUGAUUUAUUCAAGGCCAUAUGCUGUCCUUCAGUACUUAUGGCUGUAGAUUUUCUUUCUCCUCAUAGAAUUUGGGGUGGGUGGACUUGUUUUUGAUUUGGGAGUUUAUUUAGCAGUAUUGAGUCUCAUAGCCCUACUUUUAAGCCUUCAAUACUGACCACUCUUUAUAUUCCUUUAUUUUCUGAAUGUAUAAAAGCCCCCAAACUGCAUAUGAGCCUUUAAAACAUGGAUAGUAACUAUCCCAAUACUGGGUUUGGAAGGCAUGUUAAGAAAUGAAGGUACUACAGAGCUCAACAUAAUUUUUUAAGCAGCAAGUUUCGUCUCCCUACAAAUCCUCUGAAGCUUUUAUCCAAGCCCUUUCUUGCCUCUCCAGUGCUAUUUUCCUUCAGAUGGACCUAAACAUAAUUUCUUGGACACUACUACAUAGAGACUUCGAGGCAAUAAUAAAAGAUAAUACUAACCUGCUCUGACAGAGGUUUGAUCAUGCUUGUACAGUUUCCCCCUCAUUUAAAAAAGGAAUGUAAUAAAAUUUGUUUUUUUCCCUAUAGAAUUAAGUAAUAUUAAAGUUGAGUGAAAGGUUGACUGUUGGAAAAUAGAGUAGUACCUCUCUGUGCACUGUCUUAUUUCACCUCAGAAAAAAAGAUACAAAGAGGAGUUUCUAAUUUAUCUUCAGGAUAUUCUAAUUGCAUCUAAAAGAAUGACUUGCACAAAGCUGUGGGGAUCUCACACAGCACCUCUGACACAUUAACAAAAAGAACAAUACUUGGUACUUCUGUUGAAUGACCAUAUUUUAGAAGGGUGCAUACUAUUUGGUUUAGGGAAAUAAACAAAGAACUGCUUAAGCAAGCCAUCAUUCCUAUGUUCUUGUAGAGAUCAUCUGAUGCCACAUAUUAUGAUACAUUUUACUUGAACAGUUAUAUAUUACACACACACACACACACACACACACACACACACAUAUACACAGGUUAGUACACAUUUAAAAACAAAUAGAAGAACCUUUUUAUUUAAUUAAAACCUAAUUUUGUGUUGGUGGAAUAAAGGACCAAGAGAAAUGUAGUUAGCUGCUUUUUAACUUUUAUCAAAUUAGAUAACUAUAUAAGAAAUAUCUGAAAUUAUUUCACUUACAUUUUUACUCAAUUUAUCCAUCUUCUGUGCAUUUACAUUAUAUUGAAACAUAGCUUUAUCAACAUGCUUGUGAAUUUUACACUCACAAAUUAAAGUGAGAAAGGUAGGGAUGGUCAUUUGAGACUUUCAAAACAUGGGUAUCUUCUUGAGUUCCCUCUAGAAUUAAGGUAAAGAUUAAGAACAAUCACUCAUUCUCAAAGAACUUAAAAGAAACAGCAUUAAAUAUUUAAGUGGUAGUUGGAUGUAUUUACAUAAUUGUUUAAUAACGUUUGUAUAAUCUUUAUUAUCAUAAAAUGUAUUUAUCAAAUAUGUGUAAUCAUUACCAUGCCAAAAUCUGAACACUGUAAAUUUUUUGUAUAUUGUUAAAAUUGUAACUCUAAAUUGUAUUUUUUAAAUAAUUCUUUCUGAUAUUGUUUUUAUGUCACCCAUGAUGAAAACUGGACUUUCCUAUCUAUACAUAUGAACUAUUCUAUUUAAAAAUUUUUAAUAGCAUUUUUUUCUUUUUUUGGUGCCUAUACUUGUUUAUUUCUGCUGGCUUUUCUCCAGUGAACUCUGAAAUCUUUCUAUAUGUGCUCUCCUUAAGAAAAAUAUCCUGGAACAUUAGAAAAAUCCAACAAGAGACUUGCUUUCAUCAAGCACUUUACCAGACUUUGAGAAAAGGUACUGAAGGCAUUGAAAAAGUCAUUGACUUUGAAAAAUCAUCUCUUUUUAUCAAGAAGAAACCAAUGGAAAAAUAAAUUCUCUUCAUUCAGUGAACCCCCAGUUUGGGGUUUUGGGGCUUAGAGACAUUGUGAAAUCAAAUCUUGUGUUACAUUUUUCUCCUGGCUCGCUUUUUUUUGAGAAGGUUUAUGGGCUAUGUGGCUGGUGAGACACGAUCCCCUCCUAAGAAAAUGUAGGUGCUCAGACAGGUAACCUCUGCUGCUACUGUUUUUAUUUGUUUGUUUGUUUAAUUUUAUUUAAAAUUUGUUUUGUUGUACUAGGAUUUUAAAAAAUGUAAUAUAUUGCAGGAUUUAUAACCAGGUUCACUGCUUUCUUUCUUUUUUCUUUCUUAAAAAAGUUUUAUUUAACAUAAAAUUUAGGCACCUUUCAAGCUUGGAUUUUGGAAUGUUUCAGUAGUGGACAGAAAUCUGCUGUUGGAAUCUUCUAGUCUUUCAGGUUUAAUUUGAAAUGUUUUUAGUUUUGUUUUGGAUUUUUGUGUGAUUUUAUUUCCUUUAUAUCUGUACCAUUUUGCCAUGCUGUUUUGGGGUGGCUGCCUAACUUUAGUGAAAAAUUUUUUCUAUAUUAACGAAAGUUUGGCUUUUAAAGUUCCUUAAUGCUUUACAGUUUGAAAAUCGUUUUUAAAGAAAUAUUCUAACUGUUUGCACUGUUACUGUUCUUUGCCAGCCUUUUCAGGAGCCAAAAAAACCAAAUACAAACAAACAAAAAUAUACCCAGAGAAAAAACUUUCCUUCUUCCCCCUUCCUGAUGAUGAGUGAGAAGUAUUGAGAACUUUCGGGGUCAGUGCCCUUCUAAACUCCCCUUCCCCCAUAAUGCAGCUGUGUAAUGAAUGCUAAAUGCAGCGGUUUGGAUUCAGUCACAGCCCCAGCCUGCUGGCAGGUAAUUUGACUCUUUCUUUUUCUUUCCGCCACAAGGCUAACUUAACUUUCUUUUAUAAAAAAUUGCCUUUCUUCUUGCACUAUGAAGGCAACCAUGGGUUUGUUAUAACUCUCACUUUAAAAAUGCAUAAAUAUGUUCACCAAAUAAUUUGCUUGAGGAAGAGCUUCUGGCUAUGAAGUUUGAUUGGGAUGAACUCAGGACUUUAGCCAUUUAGAUAAUUCCAUUCCUUGCAUAUAUGUCUAUAAUUAAGUAUUUCAGAGUUUGACUUUUGGCUUUGUUUUCAUUUUGGGUUUGUUUGUUUCUUCCAUUGUCCUACUCUGGCUUAAGCUUUUUCAGGGGUUGGUGUUCCGAAUAAACAGUGAGCUCACAGUAUAAAGACAUCAAUUAGGAGUUGACAGGUAUGGAAAACCAGUUUUGAAAAAGUAAAAUAGGUUCUAGGUUAUAUGUAUGAUACAAAGUCACUAUAGUAUUCAGUUGAGCUUAGCACUUCUCUUGUAACAUAAUUAUAAAAAUGAAAGGGAAUGAUGAAACAUAGAUUAAUAGAAUUCUCAUUAUUUAGGAGGAAUACAUCAGAACUGUCAUUUUAGCAUUUCUAAGACACUGUCAAAGAAAUAAACAUGAACACUUUUUGAGGUUAUAAAAUCAUGACUUAAGCACUCAGAAAUUAUAGGUUUGAAGCAGAUAAGGCAGUAUUUCUGAAGUACAGCGUGUUUAAACAGAUUAAUAUCAUGACAAUUAAAUUAGUGGCAGGAGCAAGAAUACAACUGUUCAUUUGAUAGCCUUCCUGUUAGUAAACUGGAAGAGUGGCUGUCCCAGUCCAUCUGCCCCUUUCUGCUUUUUUUUUUGGUCUUAAACUAUGACAGUAAAAAUGCUGUAUUUUAUCAUUUUGGGAGAUGAUCCUCUUUCUAGUAGAUAAGAUUUAUGUGAAAGUAGUUGGGACUUUUUCAAACACAUGCAUCUGCAUAAUUUUAUCCUGUGACUUUAAAUGUCCUAUCUAAAGUACUUUGUAGUCCCUGUGUCACUAGCAAAUAGGAAAUCCUGGCCAUAGGUGCUGUUUUUAGUGUCAUUAGCCCUGUUUUGUGCUUGAUUUUUAUAAGAUAGGAACAGCACCUAAACACCUUUAGAUAAAAGUAAUUAUCUGUCAAACUGAAAUUUACUAAUAAAAGAAUCCCAGCUCUACUCCUGCAGAAUAGAUGAUGUAUAUUCAUGCUUAUUCAGGAGACCUUUGUUCUCUUGCUGAUAAGAAUGGCCAAAGUUAGAAUGUAUAGAGUACGUGAUUGCAUAGGGCAUUGGAGAGUUUAAAAAACCUUCCCUCUGCUGCCCACAUUGAAUACUACUGGUUUGUAAAGAAUUAUCUUACUUUCACAUUUUACCAUGUUCAGAUUUAUUAGGUGGACCUUAUUUAUAUAGUAUAUAUACCUGGCUGUUACUGUGGGGUUUGGGAACAUGAGGGGUGGGGUGAACUGUUGUUGUUUUAGGUUUCAGUCAGACAGACAUCCCUGUGCCCAGUUCCCAGAAGCACAGCAGGCCUGUAGGAGCAUCCGUGGGAACGGCGCAGUCCUGACAUCACCAACUUCUCCUGCUCAGGCUCAUCCCAUAUACAGAGGUCAAAAGGGUGGGGUUUGAGAUGGGGAAGGAAUGAGAAAGUAGAAACAAUAUUGCAGUGCCACUGUUGACUAGCUUUUGGUGUUUGUGUCAGUGUUUGUAUUAUUUCUUGAUAUUUUUCAAAAUUGUCAGAAUUAUGCAUAUAUUAGUUUUGGGGUAAAGGUAGUUGGGAGGGUAGAACAAAAACAGCCAUUACUGUUACUAAUUAACUCAUUACUACAUACUGUCUCUUACUGGGUAAUGUAUAAUAAGUUUGAAAUGAAAAAAGUUGAAAUGACAAAGAAUGAGAAUAUAAAUGAAUCUUAGAUUUUAAUGAGCACGGAACAUUUAUGCUGUGCUAUUGCCCAGUUCUUCUACAACUGCUGUGAUAUUUGUCAUUCUGUCUUUUUCCCCCUGGUUUUUCUAUAUAUGCAUAAACGGUUUGAGGAAAUGCACGUUCAUGAUUAGUGUCCUAAGAGACUUAAUGAGUGUAUCAUUCACUUGAAAAAAAAAAAUACUUGGUGCUUAUGUGGGCAUACAAAUGCUACCCUAUUUUAAAUAUAGGUGGCGUAUGUGUUCGUGUUUUAAUGUAUUCAGAGCCAUUGGGCAAUAAGCAGUCCAGAACAUUGAAAACUCAAGCAGGUAAAGCACCUAACACCCCUAGUUUCUAGAAUUACUUUAAAAACCUUUAUAAUAAUGCAUCUUCCACAGUUUUUUGGGUAAUCUCUGAACUUUAAUUUUGCAGGAGUUGUAGACUUCCUAUUAGAAUCGCAAAUUAUAUAAGUGUUGAUAGAUUGUAGGAGUAGGUAAAAAAAAGAAAACCAUAACAGAGCAGGGAUGACUCCUUGAGGUAGCAGCAGUUCCGUGUCCAGAUCUUUCCACUUCUUUCCUUCCUUCCUUUUCCUUUUCAAAAUUUUCCCAGCUUAGCAUGAGCAUUGAUCAUUGGUUGUUUUUGUUUUCCUUUUCUGUGAUUGGGACUUUAGUUUCUGAUUUUUUUUUUUUUUUGUGGUGGGGAUAUCUGGAAGAGACAUGGAAAAGUUGCUGCACAUAUUUUUUUUUUCUGUUGAAAUCUGAACAGUAAGCAAGAACUUUUUCUAUAUACCCUUCUGCUGCAGCAGAGAAAUAAACUGGUAGGUGGCAGCAGAGGAAGGAAUUCUUCAGAUUGAUGUCUACUGACAAUCUACAGUGGAGUCCCAACAGCCAAUAAAGUCAAGGAGGCGAAGUGGAAACAAGAAUGAAAUUGCUGGAUUUUGACUUUGAAUGGUUCUUUUGAAGUAACCAGUGGUCUUUCAUUACAUCAUUAAUAGAGUGGAUGAAGAUAGACUUGACUUUGUUUUCUCAAGGAGAGAAAAGAAAUACACAGAACAAGAAAGCAAUCACUCUAACCUGUUUGAUUCAGUGUUUUAUAAAAUAAAAACACCAUGAAGCGGAAAUAAAACAA